AUGACCCAAGUAGCUUUGCGCACUGAGCGCCUCGAACUGGUGCCCCUCGGCCCUGAGCACCUCGACUUCACCAUGAUGCUGGACAAAGAUCCGGAAGUCAUGAAAUACAUCGGCUUUGGCACGCCACUUGACCACAACCAAGCGAUCGAGGUUCACAAAUGGCUCCUCCACGCAGCAACCCUCGUACCCGGUUUCGGCUGUUGGGUCGGCUUCGCCGGCGGCGAAUUUGUUGGCUGGUGGGUACUGGCUCCUAGCCAAACCGAAGGCACACAGGAAUUCAGCAGUGAGCGAGCAGAGUUUGGGUACCGUCUUUUACCGAAGUUUUGGCGGAAGGGCUACGCGAAGGAAGGAUCGCGCGAGUUGCUGAGGUACGCUUUCCGGGAAUUAGGUCUAACUGAGGUGUUUGGCGAGACGAUGGCUGUGAAUGUGGCUUCUCGGGCAGUCAUGGCAGCUUGUGGGCUAAAGCAUGCCUCUACCUUUCACAACAAGUACGAUAACCCACCUCCUGGCAUUGAAGAAGGCGAAGUGCGGUAUCAGAUUACCAAGGAUGAAUGGGUGUCGUUGGUCCCUGUACAAUAG